GGCCAAAUAAAACAUUCCUCUAAUUUUAGAAAAAACCUCUUCUCAACCAUCCAAUCUCUUGUUGAUUCUCCACUAUAUCUCUCCUUUGGAUCUGCCCCUUCUUUCUGUUUCUGCUUUUCAUUUUCAUUUUCGUUCAUUGCUUUUGUUUCUUCACUUUGCUAAAGUUGUUUACUGUUACACAUAUACUCUCCUUCUUCAAACCAACACUCACUAUAUAAAUUUUCUUCAUUUUCGUGGGUUUUCUUCAUCUGGGUCACCUUCUCCUGGACCACAACACGUGAAAGUGAUAUAGUGCGACAAGAAAAUACAAUGAAUUCUGAAGGAGAUUUUAAUGUAAGUUUUGGCUAUCAAUGUAAUGGCCAUGAAAGUGGCUCCUGUGAGGUACCCAACAAAUGUGUAAUUGUGCCUGGACUUCAACUCCAUAAGACUAGCAGUUUCUCUUGCUUGUCUGGUGCUGCCUUGAGUGCCAAUGCCACAUUGGCCAAUACAAAUAUCUGCAAUGGUUUGAUAGCGGCAGAAAUACUUCCGAGUUUGGACUCCCCUACUUCAUUUCGUCGGGUUCCCUCAUCACCAAGUUGUUCAAGAUUAGAUAUACUAUCAUCUUCUCUCCAAAGCAGUAUGUCAAACCUAAGUUGCAGUCCAUCUUCUCCAAGUGAUCCACCUGAAUAUGAUUCUUAUAUGUUGAAAUCCAUGAGUCAGAGUGCACCUUCGAGAAGUGAAGGUUUUCUUAAUGCUAUGGAAGUGCAGAUGGCCGGUGGAGCAGCUGGUGAGGACAGGGUUCAAGCUGUUUGUUCUGAAGAACAUGGGUGGCUCUUUUGUGGAAUUUAUGAUGGUUUCAAUGGAAGAGAUGCAGCUGAUUUUCUGGCUGGGACAUUGUACGAAACUGUAUCGUAUUACUCUAAUUUAGUUGAAUGGGAAUCAAAGAGCGAUGCCAUCAGAGCGCCUGAUGGUUUGGAUUUGGAUGGGUCCCUGCAAUAUAUUCUUGAGGAUAGCAGUACCAGUCCUGAGGGAAACUUUCCUUCAAGCAAGAGUAGUAAUAAGGAUUUAAGUGUUAAAAGUUUUGGCAACGAAAGUCUUUGUCCUAAAAUGGAAAUAUCUUGUUCACAUCGCCAGGCAGUGCUUGAUAGCCUCCAACGUGCUCUUAUUCAAGCUGAGAAUGAUUUUUUGCACAUGGUUGAGCAGGAAAUGGAGGAACGCCCUGAUUUAGUUUCCGUGGGUUCAUGUGUUUUGGUUGUGCUUAUUCAUGGCAAUGAUUUGUACACACUCAAUCUAGGUGACAGUAGAGCUGUAUUGGCAAGUUAUGAUGAAAGAAACGACUUAAGUGGGAACAAGUGGCUGAAAGCUAUUCAGCUCACUGAUAGUCACACUGUUGAUAAUGAAACUGAAAGAACUAGAGUAAUUUCUGAACAUCCCGAUGACCCCGCGACAAUUGUUGCUGGAAAAGUGAAAGGAAAAUUGAAGGUUACUCGUGCUUUUGGAGUUGGUUACUUAAAAAAGGAAAAACUGAAUGAUGCUUUAAUGGGUAUCCUUCGAGUUCGUAAUCUCAUAAGCCCUCCUUAUAUCUCCACACAACCAUCACUUAAUGUGCUCAAAAUCACGAAGAAUGAUCAUUUUGUUAUAGUUGCAAGUGAUGGUUUAUUUGACUUCUUGGGCAAUGUGGAGGCGGUAGAGCUUGUCCAUUCUUAUGUCUUGAGCAACCCUUCUGGUGAUCCAGCAAAGUUUCUAUUAGAACACCUUGUUGAGAGAGCAGCAGAGUGUGCAGGUUUCAGUAUGGAAGAAUUGAUGAGUAUUCCAGCCGGUAUGAGGAGAAAAUAUCACGAUGAUGUAACCGUAAUUGUUAUUAUGCUUGGAACAAACCAGCGCACGUCAAGGGCAUCAACUUGCCUGCAAGUUUGAUGUGAACAUUGCCUGUGUUCAACUUGUCAUUUAAUAGGCUUGGCCUUAUUGCUUUGGCUUGAAAGUGUAUAUAAUAUAUAGUUAGAUGUCACCAUUCUCUGUCUUCAACCACUGGAUUUGAUAGUUUCAACUUUGUGAUUGUAGCUAUGGUUUUGAGGUUGUAUAUAUGGCUGAUGGCAGAAACUCUUGUUUCUUCAUUAUCUGUAUAUCGCCACCCAAUUUUUGUAUGACACUCUACAUAUGAAUAAAUUUCUGUAAUUUAGUGAA